AUGCGACCCGAGUCUGCACUUAGCUCUGCCCUUGCUGUUGCCAUCACCCUUGCCAUUCCAGUGAAGGCAGCGCCUCAGCAGAUGUUCAAACGUGCAACAACCGAACUCAGCUUGACGGCUCAACUGCAACUUGUGGACACGGCCGUCGACCGCUAUCUACUCCUCCCCAAGGACGAAGAUUUUCUCUUUGAUUUCAAACAUAGCGAAUUUCCGGUUGCCAACCGCAAGACGUUUCCUGCCCUUGUUGGCUAUGGAGCCUCCAUGAGUAUCUCGCAAUUGGCAGCAUGCAGCAUGAGCUUCCUCCACCUUCACCCUCGUGCUACCGAGCUAUUCGCUCUUACAUCUGGCCGUGUGCAUUCCGAGAUGGUACCUGAGGGGAGCGUCCUUGACUCCGAAGGUAAUCAACGAAUCAUUCGUGCAGAGCUCGGCCCCGGGAUGAUGACCAUCUUCCCGGCAGGUUCGUUCCACACGCAGGUGAACCCCGAUUGCGAGCCGGCCAAUUUUACAGCAGCAUUCACAUCGGAGGACUUUGGCUUUUCUUUGGUGGCUGACCAGACAUUCAGCUUCAGCGAUGAUGUUAUCGCUGCCACAUUUGGUCAGACCAUUGCUGGUGAGGAUAUUGAUAAAGUCAGGGAUGCUAUUCCGGGGACUAUCGCCAUCAAGGUUGAAGAAUGCUUGAGCAAGUGUGGGAAGCAAAAGCGCCAAACUUGA